AAAGUUGAGUUUAAUCGACCCCGAACGGGAGGGUGGGGAAGGAAGAAGAAAAACAGAACACGGAGAUCUUCAGUCGGAUCUGGUAGCCGUUUCAAUUCAACCGGUGAUAAGGGGAGGGGAGGAUAUGGAGAGCAAGUGGAGGAAGGGGAGGGAGAGGAAUGGAUAUGAGAAAUGGAACUAGAAGCAGCUCCGAAAGCUCUGUGGAUGGAGGGAGGAGAGAAAGGAUGGAAGCACGCAGCGAAAAGCAGGAGAAGGGGAGGGAGAGAAAGAGGAAAAGACGAGUGGAGAGAGAGGAAGAGAGAGCGAGCGAGCGAGGGAACGGGACAGGAAGAGAAUUAGGGAAAAACGGUGAGCGACGGAGCCAGGGAAACGGCGCAAGAGUUCCCUGUGAGGACACAUCGGAGGGCUUUCAGGCCAAUCAAGCGCAUGCAAAAGAGCUGCUAGUCGGAUCGAUUUCAAUCAGACGAAGCAGAAAGCAGAAAAGGACGAGCUCUCAACUUGAGUGUGUCGGAGAGGCUGCAAAUCCAAGUUGGCCCGAUGGGGCCGUCGUGGGAAAGCGGGGAAACCUGGGUGGAUCCCUCCUUACAAUUAAUUCCUUUGGACUUCCAACAUACUUCCCUAUUAUUUUUAUUAGUAUUCGAUACAUCACGGUUACAACUCUGACUUGCUACUACUUACUAACGAUGCCCAAUCCUUCAACCUGGCCACUCUUUCAGCAACCCUCCCCCCUCCCUCUCCACCCGAUCGCUGCCCGUUGGCAUCCAUGCCAUGCAGCCCGGCGACGUGUCAUGCGUCCUUCCAGUGGAUAAUCUACUAGGCGGGUGGGUAACCAAAAAAACACUCACAUUUCAUUAUUUUUAUUCUUCCCCCAGAUGUGCAGAAUUCCUC